AUGGGAGAUGUUCCUGAUAAUGCACCUGAGCAUUGCCCAGGGACUCAAAGUGACCAGGCUGGUAAAGCCUCAUCAUGCGCUGGUUGUCCCAAUCAGCAGCUCUGUGCAUCUGGAGCCACAAAGGCCCCAGAUCCAGCUAUAGCAGAGAUCGGUGAGAAGCUGUCCAACGUGAAGCACAAGAUCCUGGUGCUGUCGGGGAAAGGCGGAGUGGGAAAGAGCACGUUUAGCGCACACCUGGCUCACGCACUGGCUAGUGACACCUCCAAAGAGGUUGGUCUGUUGGAUGUAGAUAUAUGUGGCCCUUCACUUCCCCGGAUCAUGGGUUUGGAAGGAGAGCAGAUUCACCAAAGCGGUUCUGGAUGGUCUCCUGUUUACGUAGAGGACAACCUUGCCGUUAUGUCCAUCGGCUUCCUCCUCGACAGCCCGGACGAUGCUGUGAUCUGGAGAGGGCCCAAGAAAAAUGGGAUGAUAAAACAGUUUCUACGUGAUGUGGACUGGGGCGACCUGGAUUACCUCAUUGUGGACACGCCCCCUGGAACUUCUGACGAGCACCUGUCAAUCGUGCAGUACCUGAGCGCCACUAGUAUCGAUGGAGCAGUAGUCAUAACCACGCCACAGGAGGUGUCACUUCAAGACGUGCGAAAAGAGAUCAGCUUUUGCAGGAAAGUCAAGCUGCCCAUCAUCGGAGUGGUGGAGAAUAUGAGUGGCUUUGUCUGCCCCAAAUGCAAGAACACGUCACAGAUUUUCCCGCCCACGACCGGAGGAGCAGAGGGCCUGUGCUCAGACCUGAGCCUGCCACUGCUGGGGAGGGUGCCCCUGGACCCCCGCAUCGCCCGCAGCUGUGACGAGGGCCGCUCCUUCCUCUCGGACGUGCCAGACUCCCCCGCGGCUCAGGCCUACCAGCAGAUCGUUCAAAGUAUCCAAGACUACUGCUCCAACAGGGAAACUGCACAGACGGCCACAUGA